AUGGUCAGCGCUGCGAGUGACGUCAGCGGCCGUCCAAUCAGACGGCUCCUUCACAGAAAUGUCGUUUUUUUCCGCCGGUUCUAGAAAACCAACCACGAGUUGUCGUCGUGUGGGAGAAUCCAUCUUGAAGAGAGCUCUCCGGUUGUGUGACCAGUGCAGCAGUAGUACAAAAUGUCCGAGGCAGAGCAGCAGUACAUGGAGACGUCGGAAAACGGCCACGAAGUCGACGAUGAUUUUAACGGAGCCGGCCUCACCGAGGAGGGGAACGACGACAGCGCCGUGAACGACUGCGGGGACGGAGACGGGGACGGGGACGGAGCUGGGCCCGACGGCGACGAGGAUUCGCAAAACGGAGGCACGGAGGGCGGACAGAUCGACGCCAGCAAAGGAGAGGAGGAUGCCGGGAAAAUGUUCGUCGGUGGUCUCAGCUGGGACACGAGCAAGAAGGAUCUGAAGGAUUACUUCUCCAAAUUUGGCGAGGUGACGGACUGCACCAUCAAGAUGGACCAGCAGACGGGCCGGUCAAGAGGUUUCGGCUUCAUCCUGUUCAAAGAUGCGGCCAGCGUAGACAAGGUUCUUGAACAGAAAGAGCACAGGCUAGAUGGUCGACAGAUUGACCCAAAGAAAGCCAUGGCAAUGAAGAAGGACCCGGUCAAGAAAAUCUUCGUGGGCGGCCUUAACCCCGACACUUCGAAAGAGGUCAUUCAGGAGUACUUCGGGACCUAUGGAGAGAUCGAGACCAUUGAGCUUCCACAAGACCCAAAGACAGAGAAGAGGAGGGGAUUCGUAUUCAUCACGUAUAAAGACGAGGCUCCAGUCAAGAAGGUCAUGGAGAAGAAGUACCACAACGUCGGCGGAAGCAAGUGUGAAAUCAAAAUAGCCCAGCCCAAAGAGGUCUACCUGCAGCAGCAGUACGGCGCCCGCGGAUACGGAGUACGGGGCAGGGGUCGUGGAGGCCAGGGCCAAAACUGGAAUCAAGGCUACAACAACUACUGGAACCAGGGAUACAACCAGAACUAUGGUUAUGGACAACAAGGCUACGGAUAUGGCGGCUAUGGAAACUAUGACUACUCUGGUUAUUACGGCUAUGGGGGUGGCUACGAUUACAACCAGGGCAAUACAAGCUAUGGGAAAACUCCAAGACGUGGAGGCCACCAGAGUAGCUACAAGCCAUACUGAUCACACAUAGUGCAGGUCUAAAGUAAAUAAGAAAAAGAGAUCCAUGGUCUGACCACAGCGAACAUGGGCUCUGGCUUUUCCUUUGGAGUUGGCAGAAAUUUGGACUCAUGCUCCAUUUGUACAGAUCAAGUGAGGAACUGGGGAAGCAAAUGUCACUUUUCCACUUUUUAUUUUAUAUUGUUUUGUGUCCAUUUACAUUUCCAGUGAUGGAAGUGUUAUUUUUACUGUACUUUUUGGUACCUUUUUGAAUCUAAUGUAUUGUAUGGUUGUAUUUUUACAUGUCUACUGGAUUUACAGAUGAGCAGGAGCAAGAGCUUUUAAAGCUCAUAAAUAAAACAAUUUUUCUUUUUUUUUUUUUUUUUUUUUUUUUUCCUUUUGGUGUUUCUAGAGUUUUAGUUUGUUUUAUCCUAUGCUGAGUGUUGGAUGCGAGUUGCAUGGCUUCAGAUGUGGGGUGAGGUAAAAUAAGGGAUUUAAACUAAUCAAAGGGUUCUUUGUAAGCGUGUCAAGUGAAUGUUUGCAGAUGGCCUUGUAGACGAAGACAACCAGCAUCUUUAUUUUAUUUUUAUUUUUUUUUGGCUUUUAAGGAGAUUCUCCCCCCCCCCAUCAUGUCUGCAAUUUUAAGUGGCUUUACUAGUGUUAUUCAACUGAACGCAAGCCUGUUAAUGUAAGAGGGUACUCCCUCUCUCACUGGAAACUCAUUCCUCUAGUGUCUUGGGCAAAUUGAUAGAAAUAAAAAUUUUGGUUUAUAUUA